AUGGCUGAGUUGUCUCUUGUUAGUGUUGUUCUCUUUAUAGCAUCAGGAACUUUGUUGUUCUUUCUACUGUUUCUCUUGGCUAAAAGACAAAUAGCAAGAUUUAGUUAUAGGUCAGCAAGGAGACCUCACAUUUUUGUUGGAUAUGAUUUACCAAAGACAAUGAAACUUGAAAUACAGAGAAGAUUUGAGAGAGUAAAUUAUAUACAAUAUGAACCAGUUUUAUUAACAGAAAAAAUGAAUGAUGUGUCAUCUAUAGUACCAAAUCAUUAUCAUUACAGAAUGAAAGCAAUGGAUGCUUUUACUAAUGCCAUUGAAUGUUUGAUGAAACAAGAUGAUUCUAUAAAGUUUAGAAAUCCAUAUGAAACAAUGCAACAUUAUUUAUGUUCAUUAUGUCCAACAUCUAUCAAUGAUUCUCAUGAUUCUACUAUUAUUUAUCAGUUUUCACAAUCUUAUGAUCAUGCUCGUCACAAUCAUGUUGAAUUUCAAAAAGAAGAAUAUGUUAAUUAUAUGGAAUUAUUAGAAUCUAUUUUAAUUAUGAUAAAAGCAGACCAAGUUAAUCGUAUUAAUAAUUCUAAAUGGAAAACUGGUGUGACAUCAGAUACUGAAGUAGUAUAUAGAGCUGGUAAACAUGGCUCUGUUGAAACAACUCAUAUUUUAGCAUCUUCACAAUCACCAUCAAGAGAACCACCCAAACCCAAUCCUCGACUGAGAUCUAAGUCUGAUAUAAAUAUACCUGAAAAUAAAUCUAGUGGUUAUAGUAGUACUGAUAGAUCUAGUAGUUCUAGAAGUAGUGCUGAAAAACUCUUACCUCUCUCUCACAUAUCAGAUAAAGAUGAAAGUGUUUGA